UAUCACGUUGUAAAGACAUAUGUACAUUAAUGUUAUCGAGGAGUUAUGCAACAAAUCAAAACUGAAAUGUGUCAUUCACCCGAUGUAAUUAUAUCAAUAUGGUUUGUAAAAUAUCACAACGGCAAUUAAUAAUUGGAUUAGGAGUUACUGGUUUAAUUCUCCUCGUCUCUGGAAUUUUACUGGGACCACUGGUCAACAAGGAAGUCGAUCAAAAACUGAAAGAAAUGAUGCCACUUGUGAAGGGAACAAAAACUUACAACUAUUGGAUAAAUCCACCGAUUCCCAUUGAUUUUCAAUUGUACUUUUUUCAUGUAGUGAAUCCUGAGGAGAUUGUACAAAAUGGAGCUAAACCUGUGCUAGAGGAGAAAGGACCAUAUACUUACAGAUUAAUUGAUAUAAAAGAAAAUCUCACCCACCACAGGAACUUCACAGUCAGUUAUAACGAGAGAAACAUCUACGUAUUCCAGCGCCAUCUAUCUGUUGGUGAUGAAAAUGAUACAUUUACCUCACUAAAUAUGCCUCUUAUUACUGCAACCACCUUAGUGUCAAAUGAAUAUGCAUUCAUUCGAGAGAUGGCAAAACUGUUUUUUGAAAUUUCACAAGAUGCGGAUCUGUUUGUAAAACAUUCAGUGAAAGAUCUUCUUUGGGGAUAUACAGAUCCCUUACUGGCAUCAGUUAAACAGUUAUUACAUAUAUUUGACAUUCCAUUUAAUGAUCAUUUUGGAUUCUUUUAUCAGCUGAACAAUUCUAUAGCAAACAAUUACACAGUAUAUACUGGUGAAGAUAACCUAAAUAAAAUCUCUAAAUUUACACAGUGGAAUGGAAUGAGUAAACUUACAUUUUGGUCAACUGAUACUUGUAACAUGAUAAAUGGGACGGAUGGAAAUAUAUUUCAUCCACAUAUCAAAGACAACGACCAGCUUUACCUAUUUUACCCUCAACUGUGCAGGUCAUAUAUGAUUUCAUUUGAAAGGAAGGGAGAAUUCAAAGGAGUUCGGUAUUCUCGUUUUGUCAUGAAGGAUAAAGUAUUCGACAAUGUUAAAACCAACCCAGAGAACGCAGGGUUUUGUACACCACGGAAUAACUGUUUACCAUCAGGUCUACUUAAUACCACAGAAUGUCGCAAAGGUACUCCAGUCAUUAUAUCACAGCCACACUUUUUAGGGGCUGACCAGAGAGUUAUAGAUUCCUUUGAUGGCAUUCGUCCAAACAAAGAUCUGCAUGAAACUUACAUCGAUCUGGUACCGUUGAUAGGAAAUUUAGUUAGAACUCAAAGAACAAUUCAGAUCAACAUGUUUUUAGAAAAAUCUAUGUAUAUCAGCCAAACAAAGAAUAUAAACUACUUUUACUUUCCUGUUAUGUAUAUAAAAGAAAAAGCUUCACUAACGGAUAGUUUAGCUGCGGAAUUCAGAGAUGAACUACAAAAUCCUUUACAAAUUGUGUUUUAUGCAAAGUAUGGUUGUAUCGGGGUUGGCAUAGUGUUACUAUUGCUGGUUUCUGGUUAUUGUUUACGGAUAAAAAUCAAAGCUUUUAAACAUGAAACCAAGACAAAAUCUGCCAUUUUAGAUGCAACAGUGAAUGAACAUACAACAUUGUUAAAAAACGAGAAAAAUUAAAAAUGGAACUAAAAUCAGUAAUGAUAGCAACCUAAAUGGUAAUAAACGAAAGUCGUAUCAGAUGUACUGUAUUCGAAGCAAGAGUGCACACUCUGAAAUGUCUCGCCUACUUUACUGACCAUUGAUUUUAUAUUAAAAGUCUUAAUGAUAA